UUUUGGGAAGAAACAAAGAACUUUACAUCAUGAGAAAGUGCUUGGUAGCAGAUUUCAAUCAGCCAAUUUACAAAAGAAUAUGUUCAAUUCAAAAGAUUUAAAUAUUGUAUUUGAUAUUGGAAACAGAUACCAUUAGAAUGAAAUAAUGGCAGAUGCAAUGGAAAGAGGAUGUAGUUACCAUGCAAUGUUUAUUUAUAAUAAACCAAAGCUAAAAAACAAUCGUAAGAAAAACCGAGACUUUGAAGUUUCCUUUGAAGUUGUAAAGUUUGCAGUAGAUAAAAUGGCAACAUGGGGAUUUGAAAAGACUUAUUACCAUGACCGUGAUGCCUUACCAGGAAGUAAUAUAUUUGGUGAAUUUUUUGAUACUGUGAAAGCUUCAAGAUUCACUGUUGUUGUAUUAACAAAAGGGUUUUUAAGUGACUGUUGGGGAAAGUACAAAUCGCAGGCUGCAUUUACCAAAUUGAUAGACCAGGAUAAAUCAAAAAGAUUUAUUGCUAUGUAUAUUGAUUUAGAACAUAUACCAGAUGAAUUUAAUACUAUGAACAGUUUAUGCUUUAGUGCUGACUGGCAAAAUGAACACAGGGAGUGGGAAAAGUUUAAAAUGCUUUUGAAUACUGUCACACAUCCUGUACAGGAUACUGGACCAGACCGCUUUCCCAUGACACACAAUACUUCUGGUUAUCAAAAUGCAAUCCUAUAUAGCAGAGGAACUUUACAACACCCUCAAGCAGGUCUUGCUGGAAAUAAUCUCCUUGUUGGAGUGCAAGAAACAAAUCCACCAAAUUUACCAAGAGGAAACAGUAUUCUUGAAACAGAUGCAGGACCCCAUGAUCUUCCAGAAACAACUGACAACUUACAACCAGUGAUUCCAAAUACAACAAAUAGAUCUGAUAAUGGAAAUACUUCAAAUCAACAAUCAGGUGGAGGCAACCAGGACAGUCAUGGAUUUUCUGUGACACAAUCAAAUGACAGCUCAAUUAUAUACCAGAGGCACAGUACAAAUGGAUUAAAUUCUAACAAUUCAGCUCCUGGUGCCAUAGCAACAAAUCCAACAUCAUCAUCAACAACUACAGCAAGUCUACAUGUUGAAAACAACCAAAGCACAACACAGACAGGUGUUGGUCCGACACCAUCAGUGGUCACUCCUCCAAAUACAGUAAUGGCAACUACUGGGAACAAUAUGGAGGAAAAUAUAGUCCUGACACAAGGAGCUCAAGCAGUAGCAUCAACAAGUACUACAAUGCAGACUUCUGGUACUAGAGCUCAAGAAAUAGCAUCUAGAAGUACUACAAUGCAGACUUCUGCUAGUAGAGAGCCUCCUGAUGGUGCAGCAACUUUGACUAAUUCACCACCUGUAUACAUACAACAUUCUUCAGAUACAAAUUUAAAGAAUAUAGUUGGCAGAGACAAUGGUGAUGAAGAUUAUCCUUCCAGUAGUUUAAACAGAAAUGAUGUGGAACCUGAUAACAGUGGUCAAAGUAUCAGUAACUCAACAGACAAUCAGUCUAGCACUGAUUCACUUAAAACUGAGACCAAGGAUAGUCAACCUGAACAUACUAAAAGGUUUGUUUGUCCAAAAGAUGGACAUUCGAAUUCUCAGCACGAUAGUGGAUAUGAUCAGGGUCUGAACUUUGAUUCCAUUGCAAGUGACCAUCAAGAUACAAAUGGUUUCAACACUGAGUCCAUAGGAAUAAAUAGAUUAAAUGAUUAUAGUGCUCUACUGACAAACAAUAGUGAUAGGUAUGAAUCAAUGGAUGGACCUGCAACAAACCGCCAAGGUGCUUCCCUUUUAUUGUCUACAAUGAGAAGGAUGCUACCUGGUACCAGAUCUACAAUGAGAAAUACUAUGGGGACAAUGAUUAAACCCAUAGCGAAAUUUGUACAGAAAUGUGACCAAAGUUAUUUUUAAAAUAAAUCAUAUAUUUAUUGUUUUAUAUUUUAA